GCUGAUUUGGAAGUCGCCGGUUGUGGACUGCAGUGUUUCACCUAGAGUUUUAUGGACUGUAAUGACUGGUGUUGAUUGCCUUAGAUAUCGCCGUGAUCGAAACAACUGAGCUCUACCAACCAAGUAACUUCUUCCGACACACAACCCAAAGCGAAACCAGGCAGGAAAGAUGGCUAACAAGGCCAUCAUACCUUUGGUCGUGCUGCUCUGCUUUGCCAUCGGACUUUCAGAUGCUGUUGAUCGCAACAACUUUAAAACGUGCGAGCAAAGUAGCUUCUGUCGCCGCCUGCGCUCGUUGGAGCAGCAAACGAGCGAUUUCGUUGCGCUACCGCAAACGUUGCAACAGUUCAAGCAAUACAUCACCCUCAACUUGCAGCACCAAAAAAACAAGCAUGAGUACCAGCUGAAGUUGGCGUGCAUGCUCGGAGGAAACAGCUUCCACCUGCAGGUGGACGAGCGAGAGCCGUUGAGCCCACGGUACCGCGUCACAGAUUCGCUUGUGCAGCCACCUCAGUAUGAGUUGACCACGGUCGAGGGCAGCUCUGGCACACUGAUCAUGGUGGCUUGCGGAACGGGCGAGCAGAAGGCGAAGGCCGCAAUCCAAAUCGCACCGUUUAAGGUAGAUUUCUAUCGCAAUGGAGUGCUUGUGCUAUCAGCGAACGGAAAGGGUAUGAUGCGGUUUGAGCAUCGUCGUACCAAGGAGCAGCAACAGCAACACGAGGAACCGGUUCACCAGGAAGGUGAAGAGGAUGCUGGGGCCGUGGAUGAGGCAGCAGCAGCAGAAGCCCCUGAGACCGCCCAGGAUCCGGGAGAGUGGGAGGAAAACUUUAAGUCGCACCACGAUUCAAAACGUCACGGUCCGGAGGGGCUCGCGCUAGAUUUUACCUUUCCUGAGGCGAAGAUUCUGUUCGGCAUUCCCGAGCACGCCGACUCGUUUGCUCUCAAGCACACCGCUACCAAGGGAUCGGACCCAUACCGGCUGUACAAUCUGGAUGUAUUCGAGUACGAGCUGAACAACGGGAUGGCAUUGUACGGUUCGGUACCAGUGAUUUACGGGCACGGCGACUCAGCUGGAACGGUCGGCGUGUUUUGGCAGAACGCGGCCGAAACGUGGGUCGACAUCUUCAACGACAGCGAGAAGCAGAACGUGGUCUCGUCGAUCGUAAAUCUGGUGCGUGGUAUUGGCCAGGGUGAACCACCGGUGGCAAAUUUUAUAUCCGAAACGGGCAUCAUGGAUGUGUUUGUGCUGCUCGGUCCCCAGCCAAACGAUGCCUUCCAGCAAUACACGGCGCUAACGGGGCGGGCACCGCUGCCACAGCUGUACGCCCUUGCCUACCAUCAGUGCCGUUGGAACUAUAACGACGAACGCGACGUGGAGCAGGUGUCGGCCAAGUUCGACGAGUACGACAUCCCUAUGGACACUAUGUGGCUCGACAUCGAGUACACGGACGGAAAGCGCUACUUCACCUGGGACCAACAUAAAUUCCCACACCCGGUGGAGAUGAUGAAUAAUCUGACAGCACUCGGGCGCCACAUGACGAUCAUCAUCGAUCCGCACAUCAAGCGCGACAGUGGCUACUUCUUUCACAACGAGUGCACCGACCGGAAGCUGUAUGUGAAGAACAAGGACUCCGGUGACUACGAGGGCUGGUGCUGGCCAGGAGCGGCCAGCUACGUGGACUUUUUCAAUCCGGACGCCCGACGCCACUACGCGGACCAAUACCUGCUCGAGAACUUCCGCGAGCAGACGGUCACGGUCGGCAUCUGGAACGAUAUGAACGAACCAUCGGUGUUCAAUGGGCCGGAGGUGACGAUGCCGAAAGACAAUUUGCAUCAUGGUGGCUGGGAGCAUCGGGAGGUACAUAAUCUAUACGGCCACCUGCAACUGACGGCGACUUUCGAUGGGCUGAUGAGGCGUGGCGCGGGAUCCUUGCGCCCUUUCAUUCUCUCGCGGGCCCACUUUGCCGGUAGCCAGCGGUUCGCUGCCGUCUGGACUGGUGACAAUAUGGCCGAGUGGGGCCAUCUGCGGGCCUCGAUUCAGAUGUGCCUGGCACUGUCGGUGGCCGGCAUCAGUUUCUGCGGAGCCGACGUCGGUGGCUUCUUCGGCAAUCCGGAGGCGGAUCUGUUUGCCCGCUGGUACCAAACGGCCGCUUUUCAGCCCUUCUUCCGUUCACACGCACACAUCGAUACGAAGCGCCGCGAGCCAUGGCUGUUUCCGGAGGACGUCCGUUUGGUCAUUCGCGAUGCCAUCCGCCACCGCUACCGGCUGCUACCGCUGUGGUAUACACUAUUCUACGAGCACGAGCAGCACGGACUACCGAUCAUGCGUCCACUGCUGGCGCAGUACCCACGCGAUGUCGAGGCGUUCGCGAUAGACGAUCAGUUCCUGAUUGGUGACCGGCUACUGGUGGCACCGGUGCUCGAGGCCAAGCCGGCCGGCGGCAAGCGCCAGGUGUAUUUCCCGGUGAACGAGAAUGGGCAAGGCGAUUUGUGGUACGAUUGUGAUACCUUCCAGAAGCACUCGACGGCUGGCGUCAUCGGUAUUCCUGUCGACGCGUAUAAGGUGCCGGUGUUCCAGCGCGGCGGUACGAUUGUGCCACGCAAGGAGCGAAUUCGACGCGCUUCCACGCUGAUGACCCACGAUCCGUACACACUCGUAGUAGCAUUGAACCGGGAAGGCACUGCUACCGGCACGCUCUACAUGGACGACGAAAUGAGCUAUGAUUAUCGGCGUGGUCAUUAUCUGUAUCUGCAAUUCGAGUACCGCGAUGGUGUGCUGAGCAGUCGGAAAAUUGAUACCACAGCCACCUUCCCGACUAAGAGCUGGCUCGAGCGAGUCGUGUUCGUGGGAUUGGCGAAGCAGCCGACCACGGUCAUGUUGCGUAGGGCCAGCAGCGAUGACUCGACGAUGCUUGAGUUGGUGCGUGAGGCUGCUGUCCCGGGUGUGGCCAUCGUGCGCAAACCGGGCGUUGUGAUGAGUGAAGGUUGGUCCAUCACACUGCAAUUUUAGACCUAUUAAUGGGGGCCGGUGGUAUGCAGAUAGUAAGCUGCUAAACUCUGUUGUUGUCCAUUCAUUCAUACGUACGAACGAAAGUAGGCUCCACCACGGUCAUAUCCUAUCCUACAUAAAGUUUCGAUUAAAAUAAAUCGGGCUUUCUAAUUUCCACACGACGAGUAAAUUGGAGAUAACUGUGAGAAUAAAAUAGAUGUAACAGGCGUAGAAUUCAUGCCGUGACCGGCUUACGCGGUCGAUGAUCGAUUCAAUAAAAGAUUAAAACAAAUACAA